GACUAGCUUUGGGCUCUAGCUCGGCUUUUCUUGCAUACGAGUAUGCGCGUCUUGGUUUGUUCUGCCCGUAAAAUGUGCUAUGAAGACUGUUCGACUAAUAGCGGCGCAACAGCGCGCACAGUAGUAGUGGCUGUGCCUUGUUACGGAUCGUGUCGCGCUGAUAUUUGCACUGUUUGAGCGACGCAGACGAAGAAAAUAUCUCAGGCGUUCAGCUGAGAGAACGAUUUUCGACAGUUGCCAGUUUGUUCAGUGCUGUCCAGCUCUAGAUCGAGCAGUUUGAAUCCAUUCGUAGACUUUACGACAACGGACCGAACACUACGAGAUUUGUUUCUGAUUCUGCUUGUUGAAGUUCGCCGCUGAAUCAGACGAUAAUGAUUGAUUCACGUUAGAGUUCAAUCACUUUGUGUAUGUGUGUACUCAUCUUGCAUGGAAAGACGUUGUGCGUUCUUUUUUGAAAUUUUCGUUGCUGAUGAGGCGGAUGCUGUUAUUUACCUGACUGGGAAAUCGCUCUUUUUUCUCUCAACUUUUUUAACCGUAUCAGUCGAUGUGAAAGCGACUGUGCUUAUUGUUUAGCCUGCAGUUAUGCGAUUCAGCUUUUCUGACAUGGGGUUCGGUAAGAAGAAAUCUUCGAGUACGCCCAAAUUGUUAGCCAACUCGAAGAUCACUUACCAUUCCGAAAUGGAUCUGCGUUAUUCUCCGGUCAGAUCACCUUCGGAGAAUCGGGAAGUCGUGAAAGAAAUUGUGAAAUCCACGUCUUUUAUUGGACAUCCUAAAAGCAGCGGAAGUCUACCGAAAAAUGGGGAAUCUGUAGUUAAAACUCGUCAUGAAGCGAAGAAAGAAUCCCCUUUGCAUGGACGCAGUAAUGGUCAGGUGGUGGUGUCAGGGAAACCUCGACCAUUCGGGAACUGGAUAUUAAAUUCUCAUAAAUCGGAAAAAGUACAUGCCAGCACUCCAAAUUUAUAUUUGGAAUCUACCGCUAAUGUAUCUCAGACUCCCAAUGGAAUUUUGCCUCCGGCAUCCACUAAUGAGCUGCAGAAGCGUUAUUCAUAUUUGCGAUGGGAUCCGAAAUCUGGGCAGUGGGAUUUACAGCGUCCCACUUUUGCUCCUUCGAAUAGCGCCACUAACAUUGCUAAAAUGCCGGAGAAGGCCUCGUCCAGUAAUGUGCAUGACUUGCGCAAAAUGGCACCAUUGAAAUCUGCAUCGCAGUGGGAUUUACGGAAUCCAGAGCCACAAAGCGAUGUCAAGCGACGAUCGCUAGCCCAGCAGCCGCGUCCCUUGUCAAUGAAUGCGAAUGGGAUGCGCUGGGAAUCGAACCCAUCCUUACUAGCUUUCGGGCAGACGCCACCUGUUGCACGCAUCCCCGAGAUGCAUGAAGAAGAGGAAGACGAGUCAGAGUUCGAUGAUAUGGAACAGCCUUCUACCGCAAAGCUGUCGCCUUUGCCUAAUCUGCCCUCUAGUAAAAAUUUGUUAGUGAAAAAUGGAAGCUGGGAGUCUAAAUCCAGCGGCCAUGAUACGGGAUACUUUUCCAAUGGUUCAGCCAAAAGUCUGGAUAAAAACCCCAAGGAAAAAAAACUGGAUCCCGAGGUUAUCUUCACGAAACAAGAGCAAAUCGGCAAAGGCAGUUUCGGGAAAGUUUUUAAAGGGAUAGAUAAUCGUACUGGACAAGUUGUGGCUAUUAAAAUCAUCGAUUUGGAAGAGGCGGAAGAUGAAAUUGAGGAUAUACAACAGGAAAUCAUGGUCUUGAGCCAGUGUGAUAGCCCCUUUGUAACAAGAUACUAUGGAUCCUACCUAAAGGGCACGAAUUUAUGGAUUAUUAUGGAAUAUUUGGGUGGCGGUUCAGCGUUGGAUUUGCUGAAGGCCGGAAGUUUGGAUGAAACGAACAUUUGCAUUAUCUUGCGCGAAAUCUUGCGUGGAUUAGAGUACCUUCACGGGGAAGGCAAAUUGCAUCGCGAUAUCAAAGCUGCCAAUGUGCUUCUGAGCGAAACGGGUGAUGUGAAGUUAGCGGAUUUUGGUGUCGCGGGUCAACUGACUAGCACAACCAGUAAACGGCAAACUUUUGUCGGCACACCGUUUUGGAUGGCUCCGGAAGUCAUAAAGCAGAGCGCUUACGACUCAAAGGCCGACAUAUGGAGCUUAGGAAUCACGGCCAUUGAACUGGCCAAAGGAGAACCACCAAAUUCCGAUCUGCAUCCGAUGCGAGUGCUUUUUCUCAUUCCCAAAAAUAAUGCGCCACAGCUGACGGGAAAUUUUAGCCGACCGUUCAAGGAAUUUGUCGAAAUCUGCUUGAAUAAGGAGCCGGAAAAUCGCCCGUCCGCCAAAGAUCUUCUGCGACAUCCGUUUAUUAAGCGCGCCAAGAAGAACUCUUAUCUUGUGGAUGUCAUUGAGAGAUACAAACGAUGGAAAGCAUCCGGUGGUGGUCAAGAUGAUUCAAGCUCGAGUGAUUCCGAUAACGAGGACAGCAAGGAUUCUGGCAACGAUGAGGGCGAUUGGCGCUUUGAGACUAUGCGCAAUCCAGCCGGGAUUAGUCCCCCUCCUGCCGCCGGGGAGCUGGAGGACGAAGUGGGCACGCUCCGUGUCAAGCCGCCCGCCCACCGCCAUGACAUUGUGCCACGCGAGGAAGUACCGCAGCUGACGCCGGCCGUUAGUGCGCUGCAGAGAAGCGCGUCGUCCAAAGUGGCCACUCGGGAAGAGAAUGCGGUCAAACGACCAGUCAGUAUGCCUCCCGUAAGUCGCUUCCCCGAUGAUAUGCCCCCUCUGCCUGCCAAACAACGCAAUUCUUCCCUAAAAGACGUUAACGGGACGAAAGAGCAAGUAUCAAACAGUGCGCCCUAUACUUCCGCAGUAAAUCUCGUUGGUCGGGCGACGUCUUCUCCCAUUCCACCCAACGAUGACCACAAACGCGAGAAUCUCUCGCCUCAUGGAGCUAAAAUUUUCGGUGCAGCUAAGCCUCCGCCGGUGGCGCCGGUCAAGGCAUCGUCGGCUUGUCUUUCCAAUGUUCUGAAUUUGAUAAGUGAAGUCCAAAAGAAGCAGAAACGCCGAGAUCUUCCCGAGUCCAGUGCUGUGCAUGAUCUGCGAACUGCUUUUGAAUCCACAGAGGCUUCGCAUCCCGGCUGGACAGAAGCGUUUGUACGGGAAAUUAUUCUGCGAUUGAGUCCCAAGUUGACGCCCAGUCAAAUCCAAGAGGCCAUUAAGCGUCUCACGAAGUGAUUUAGCACUCCAAUUCCUUUUAUGAAAGAAACGAAGAUUGUGUUUCGUCCUUGGUUGGUUUCGUUUCUUUGUACACUAGUAUGGUGCCCGGUUAGUUUGGCCAUUUUUGUCGUAUGUUUAGAGAAAAUUAAUUCUGUUUAUAGUGCGUGUUUCUGUAGAGAUGUGUCGUAUUGGGUAUAAAACUUUUUUUGUUGGGAAUGCAACAAAAUUUUUCGGUUGUUUCUUUAUUCUUGUGAUACAAAUAUUUGCUGUUAUUUUUGUCGCUAUUGCAUGGGCAAUAAAAAAUACGAACGUA